CUCGCCUUUGACAUUUGCCAGUGAAUUUCAUAUCCCAUUAGAUCCGCGGUACAUCCAAGAUCGGGAGAUCUUGCUCACCAUAUACCCCCCCUCUAUCACUUGGAAAAGCGCACUCUCACACUGAAAAGCCUCUGCCUGUUGACUCCCUUUGCCUGCUGUCAUCUUUCUUCUUCCCACUAUCCAUCACCGAUCUCCAUCACCAACAUUCUGCGCACUUCACAGGUCUUUUCCUCAACAACACCCAACAACAUCCAUUUCAGCCGUGAUCCAAGGAUUUAUCAGGGCUAGAAUGGAUUUGUUUUGUCUUCCCAUUGAGAUCCUGGAGGACAUUCUGAGCGACAUUGUGCCUCAGGAUUGGAACCGGGCCAAAGAGCACCGGCGAUGCCUCGAACUCCGCCUCGUGUCUAGCAAGUGGUCGUCCCCAUACAGAUUCUAUACCCUCAUCUUGCGUUUCGCCCUGCUCCGAAUGGAUUGGGCCUCUUUGGAACAAUUCUGGGCGAUGACGAAACGCGAGGGGCUUGAAGGACUCUUUACACAGAAGAUCUUGUGCGAAAUCUCCGUGGCGAAGCCUGACUCCUGCUCUCUCCUCGUGCCGAUCAUAGAUGAGUUAACGGCACAUGCUUUGACACCUACGGCAAAUACAGAUGAUCUCGAGGACAUUGCUAUCGAAACAGUCAAAAAUCUCAGCCACUGUGUCAUGUCGUUCCAGUGCCGCAUCAAAACAUGCCAGCAGUUUUUGAGUCCCAACCUUUCAAGCCUCGUGUUUCGCCAUCUGACUGGACAGGAGCUCAUCAUCGCCGUGUGCACCGGACAUCUCGAGGUGGUACGCGCGUUGAUCAGCCGCGGUUGCAAUGUGAACACUUACAAUGAGGCUGUGGGGACACCACUUUUCGCGGCUUUCGAGCUUGGUCGAUUGGACAUUGCUCAGUUGCUCUUGGACAGAGGAGCCAACGCAAACAUUGUUGCAUUUGCGAGCAACCCACUGGCCGCGGCUGCUAUGUGGAGAGAUGAGCAGACCGUGAAGUUUCUUUUGACGUAUCCAACAGUUGAUGUCAACGUGAGAUGCAACGACGGCACUCCGUUGUUCUGGGCCUGCCAGUCGGGAAAUCUCACUCUCGCGGAAAUCUUUUUGCGGCACCCUCAGAUCGAUUGGCGUAUUGGGAACGAGGACAACGUGACACCCCUCGGUGCAGCUGCUGGAGAAGGACUUUUGCCGGUGGUCCAACUGUUUCUCACUGUAUUGCAGGAGCAAGUAACCUAUGGUGAUUUGGUUGAUCCCUUGUGGAAAGCACUCCUGAAGGACGAUGUCGAGAUUGUGCAGCUUAUCCUUGAUGCACUUGGACAGCGGAAACGCAAUUUCACCUCCGAAAAGCUUCGAAACACGGGUCUCUCUAUGCUUUGGUGGGCGACAAGUUGCCGAUGCUCGAGAGUUGUACGCCUGCUCCUGCAGCGCGAGGAUGUGGAUCCGAACGGUGGACCUGUACCAACUGAUCGCGAAGCCGGAACUCCUUUAUCAGAAGCUGUCAAAGUUGGAGAAGUAGACUUUGUGCAGCUUCUCUUGCAGCGAGAAGACUUGGACCCUAACAUUCUGGUUCCUAACAUCCAGGAUUUCGACCAUGUGACCACUCUCUACACUGCUGUCUCAUACUGCGAGAUGCCGAUGGUUGACGCUCUCUUGGGAGACAGCCGUGUCGAUGCCAACGCUUCGGAUUCCAAAGGUCAAUCCUCACUCUCCCUGGCGGCCCAAUCUGGUGAGGUAGAUAUUGUCGCAAGGUUUCUCAGUCGGCCCGACGUGAGAGUGAAUGACCUAGACAUGUAUGAGCGAUCUGCUGUGUCAUAUGCCGCGGAGGAGGGAUGUCUGGGGGUGGUCGAGCUGUUACUCCACCGGCCCGACGUCGAUGUCAGUGUGGUCGAUGCCUAUGGAUACACGCCUAUCUUCUUGGCCUCAAUCAAGGGCAAGCACCAGAUCGUUCGUCGUUUACUGGAACACGAUGCGUCGCUGGUGUCUUCCCGCACUCCCCAGGGGGAUACCUGUCUCAUGUGCGCGGCGAAACAAGGUUGGUUGCUGGUAGUCAUGGUGUUGAUAGAAUUCGAGGCAGAUCCGGCUGUCACGGAUUCUCGUGGGCGGACUGCAUUGGCGUGGGCUGUCAGAAAAAAACACGAUGGGAUCCAGAGUGUGCUACAUGCCUACAUUUUGCAGCGCGAGUUGCCGAUGAGAGGUGACUGA